AAACAAAAAAUGGAAGUUUCAUCUGAACCGUAGGAAAUCACAGAUCUACCACACUCUAAUCUACCGACGGUGGUUCAAACCAGAGCUGACGCCAUAAGUAGUAAUUCCCAUUUCUCUACAGCUUCAAACCCCACCCCACCCUCGAAUCACAGGCAGGCAGGGGUUCUCUUAAUCUUACUUACACCCGAUCUCAAAUCCUUAGAUCUCUUACUCCAAUCCUAGGGUUUCACACCCCUAAUUUCAUUCUUCUACUAUGCCUCUCAGACUCGAUAUUAAGAGGAAGCUUGCUCAGAGAUCGGAAAGAGUAAAGUCGGUUGACUUGCAUCCGACCGAACCAUGGAUCCUCACAAGUUUGUAUUCAGGGACAGUCAACAUAUGGGAUUACCAGGCACAGACUGUGGCGAAAUCCUUUGAAGUUACUGAGCUACCAGUCCGAUCAGCAAAGUUUAUAGCACGCAAACAAUGGGUCGUUGCUGGUGCAGAUGACAUGUUUAUCCGCGUGUACAAUUACAAUACAAUGGAUAAAGUCAAAGUAUUUGAGGCACAUACUGAUUAUAUCAGGUGUGUAGCUGUGCACCCUACGCUCCCGUAUGUAUUGUCAUCAUCUGAUGACAUGCUUAUAAAGCUUUGGGAUUGGGAGAAGAGCUGGUUUUGUACUCAAAUUUUUGAGGGUCAUUCGCAUUAUGUGAUGCAAGUGACAAUCAACCCUAAAGAUACCAACACUUUCGCAAGUGCAUCGCUUGAUCGUACUAUAAAGAUUUGGAAUCUUGGAUCACCUGAUCCCAACUUCACACUUGACGCUCAUCUCAAAGGAGUGAAUUGUGUGGAUUAUUUCACCGGUGGGGAUAAACCUUAUCUAAUCACUGGAUCAGAUGAUCACACUGCUAAGGUGUGGGAUUAUCAAACCAAAGCUUGUGUCCAGACGUUAGAAGGUCACACACACAAUGUUUCUGCUGUAUGCUUUCAUCCUGAGCUACCGAUUAUUAUCACAGGUUCUGAGGACGGUACUGUACGCAUAUGGCAUUCAACCACGUAUAGAUUAGAGAACACUCUUAAUUACGGACUUGAAAGGGUCUGGGCUGUUGGAUACAUGAAAGGUUCACGCAGGGUCGUCAUCGGAUAUGAUGAAGGGACCAUAAUGGUGAAAAUUGGUCGUGAGGAACCUGUCGUUAGUAUGGAUAAUAGUGGAAAAGUUAUAUGGUCUAAACAUAAUGAAAUUCAGACUGUUAACAUCAAGAGCGUGGGGGCUGAUUAUGAGGUUUCCGAUGGAGAGAGGUUGCCUUUAGCAGUCAAAGAGUUGGGAACGUGUGAUAUGUACCCACAAAGCUUAAAGCACAACCCAAAUGGGCGGUUCGUUGUUGUCUGUGGUGACGGUGAAUACAUCAUAUAUACAGCUUUAGCAUGGAGAAAUAGAUCCUUCGGGUCUGCAUUGGAAUUCGUCUGGUCCACAGAUGGUGAAUAUGCUGUUAGGGAGAGCACAUCUAAAGUCAAGAUUUUCAAUAAAUCUUUCCAGGAAAAGAAGAGUAUCCGACCAACAUUUUCAGCUGAGCGCAUAUAUGGUGGAUCUUUAUUAGCGAUGUGCUCAAAUGAUUUUAUAUGCUUUUAUGAUUGGGCUGAGUGCAGAUUGAUUCAGCGGAUUGAUGUUAAUGUCAAAAACCUAUACUGGGCAGAUAGCGGUGAUUUGGUGGCAAUUUCCAGCGAUUCAUCAUUCUAUGUGCUAAAAUACAAUCGCGAUGUAGUGUCAGCACAUCUGGAUAGUGGAAGACCUGUAGACGAGCAAGGUGUUGAAGAUUCGUUCGAAAUUCUGUAUGAAGUAGAUGAAAGAGUUAGAACUGGAUUGUGGGUCGGUGACUGUUUCAUAUACACUAAUGCUUCAUGGAGACUCAACUACUGUGUUGGUGGCGAGGUAACCACCAUGUUUCAUUUGGAUCGGCCUAUGUAUCUUCUAGGAUAUCUAGCUAAUCAGAGCAGAGUUUAUCUCAUUGACAAAGAAUUCAAUGUCAUUGGAUACACUUUGCUUCUCACCUUAAUCGAGUAUAAGACCCUUGUGAUGCGUGGAGACAUAGAACGGGCUAAUGGAGUUUUACCCUCUAUUCCAAAGGAGCAUCAUAACAGUGUUGCACGUUUUCUGGAAUCACGCGGCAUGGUUGAAGAGGCCAUGGAAGUUGCUACAGAUCCUGACUAUAGAUUUGAGCUGGCCAUUCAGCUCGGUAAACUUGAGAUUGCAAAGGAUAUUGCGUUAGUAGCAGAAAGCGAGUCGAAAUGGAAGCAAUUGGGUGAAUUAGCCAUGUCUGCCGGAAUGUUGGAAAUGGCAGAGGAUUGUCUGAAGCAUGCAAACGAUUUGAGCGGUCUAUUGCUCCUUUAUUCUUCUUUAGGAGAUGCAGAAGAAAUAGCAAAACUUGCAUCACUUGCAAAAGAAAACGGAAAGAACAACGUGGCAUUUGCUUGUUUGUUUAUGUUGGGUAAAUUAGAAGACUGCCUGCAGCUGUUAAUUGACAGUAACCGGAUACCUGAAGCUGCUCUAAUGGCACGGUCUUAUCUUCCCGGCAAGGUUUCUGAAAUUGUUGCCCUUUGGAGAAAAGACCUUAACAAGGUUAACCAGAAAGCUGCAGAAUCUUUAGCAGAUCCUGAAGAGUACCCGAAUAUGUUCGAAGACUGGCAAAUUGCACUUGAGGUUGCGGCAAAGGCUGCGGAGACAAGGGAUAGUUACCCUCCAGCAGAAGAGUAUGUGAACUGUAUUGAUAGACCGCAUAUCACCCUAGUGGAGAAAUUCAGAAACAUGCAAUUGGAAGACGAGGAAACAUUGGAAAAUGGAGAGUUGGAUCAUGAAGGUGCGGAACAGAAUGGAGACGAGGAGGAAUUUGUUGACGGUCAACAAGUGACUGAAAACGAAAGUCAAGAAGUUGUUGCAAUGGAUAACGAUUCUACAGAUGGUGCUGUUCUUGUUAAUGGCAACGAGGAUGAUGAAGAGUGAGGUAUUGAGAGACGGGGCGAACGCAGGAUGAUCGACUGUCUGAUAUGAACAUGGUGUAAUUUUGUAGGGCCCACCGAAUUUUGUUAUCGAGAACAUAUAAUACAGACUUGAGUUCAGUAGCGAGUGAAUUAGUUACCUCUCUUUAAAAGUGUUUUAUGAAUAUUCUUUUUGAGGCGAUUUUUACUGUGAUUUAUAAGACAUUUUAUAAUGGCUGCUGCUUAUAGAUGUGGGAGGCGACGAUUUAUCACAUUGUCAUGGUGUUUUCAGUUUUCACUCAGGCUUCUGCCUUGCCUUUAGCUGAAUUUCUAUUUGUAAUAAUGUUUGGGUCUUGUACAUCAAGCGUUGAUUGUUGUAAUUGCUUAGAUUUUUAUACUAUUUGAUAAUACUUGAGA